CAAAGUUUUCUUUUGGGUAUUUACAGGGUUCAUCGUUCUCCUUCGAAACGAAGAACGAACAAAGGAAAACAUCAAUAAUCAUGGACGCAUCAAAGAGAAUCGAACACGAAAUUGGAGGUCUAAAGAACGAUGCACUUCGAUUUGGACUUCAAGGUGUCAAGAGUGACAUCGUCGGAUCCCAUCCCCUCGAAUCCGCCUUUCAAUCGGCAAUCGUGAGAGAAGAGGAUAUGAAGAGGAAAAUGCUUGCAAACACCUACGGCUCCGCUUUUCCGUUAAAGCAGGAGUUCGAUCGAAAAAUCCUUUCUAGAUUUCAAAGGCCUCCUGGACUUAUACCAUCCUCCAUGCUUGGAUUAGAGUCAAUUACAGGAACUUUGGAAGAUUUUGGUGUUGAAGAUUACCUCCAAGGUGUUCAUGAUACUGAGACAAUGCGGGUCCCGGACAUGCAUCAUGGAAUGGAAGUUCGUGUUGGGCUCUCAAAGGGACCAGUUCACCCCAGUUUCAUGUGAGGGGAGGUGUAGUACUUUCUUUACUUGAGAGUAUCUAUAUAAUUUUCAGAUGUUGUGUUGCAGACAUUUGUGGUUUGACUUUAAAUAUCAACUUAAAUUGCAUAUUUUCGUUUCUUUAGAUGUGUAUUUGAACAUGUUUUUACUUGCUUAUUAUUGUCAUGUGUUUUCUUUUACAAA